ACUGGCUGGGUAAGAGAGAGAGAGAGGAAAAAGAGAGAUUAGCUCCAGUUUAUAUUACUUUAAAAAAAGUCUUGCUUCUUGUUUACUUUCCCUGACUGUAUUAAAGAAAAAAAUGCAUAAAGAAUGUAGAACUUCAAAAUGGCUGCAGGGAUAAAGGAUGCAGGUGAUAUUCUACUGUAGUUUCUAGUGAUAAUCUUUAUACAACCUCCUACGCAGCUAAUAAGCUGGAAAAAAUGCAUUCUAAAUUUUAGAAAGUUUGACUGACAAACUUUUAUAAAAUCUGUGCCCCCCCCCCCAAUCUGGCACAAUUCUCCUUCCCCAAUCUGGCACACUUUAUGUUACCUGCUUUUUCACAUUGUCUGACAAGAGGCUGACUGACGGACAAAUUAAAUUACUUCAAAGUUAGUCAAAAUGUGACUGAAAAGAAGAGCUGUCAGAUUUCCCAAACUUCCAUAGAUCUUCAAAAUUAUAUUUUUUGAAAGAAGCCAUAUUCAUCAGUGCUUUUAAAACAGCACAGAGUGUGGUAAAACUGAGCAUUUAGAUAAGUUACUAUGACUAUAGAUUUGUUUUAAUACAAUGGUCUGAGAUUUUGGAGGAAAUAGAAUGAGGUUAGAUUGCUUUUGCCCUGUCAUUUAAAAAAAUUGUCUGUUAUUUGAACUCUUGCAGGGAUCAUAAAAAAUGCUGGACUUCUCUUAAACGUUUUAAUUUUGAAAUUGUCCCAGAACUGGUCCCACAAAGCAUUGGGACACUUCAUUAACCAUUAACCAGCAAUGGUGAAUACGUUUUUUAAAUGUUUCCUGUUUUGCCUGUGUCCAGGAAGAAACCCUUGCCUCCUUCAUCUCAUUAUUUUGAAAAAAGCGCUUUCCCCAACAGCAGCACUGCUUUGUAUAGUAACAAAUAAUCUAUCAGGCUGCCUGACAAAAUGAUGCCCCAAAUUCACAAUUAAGGCAUUUAUAUUUCUCCAGGAACAAGAAAUAUUAGGGGUUGUGUCCCUUUUCCUUUCACCUCUUUCCAUUCUAUUUAAUCUCUCCCUUCCCCACAAAGAAAAUUAAAGUAAAAAAUUGUGGAGUUGAGCUAACACCUGCUGCUGUUGUGUUUUUACAUUUCUUAUCUGCUAUGCACUGUGUCAGUCUUGUCUGUUUAGACUGCAAUCUCUUUUUGGAUAGGGAACAUACUCUGCUGUAUAUACCCCACGUUUGGGGCCUGUACUACCCAAAUAAACAGGAUUAAAAAUAAACAGCAUGAUUUUGAGGUGUGGACAGCUGAAUUUCUAAAAUAUAAUUUUAGAAAGUGUAGUAUCACCCUCUCCCUUAAAAUCCUCUAUCAGUGGGAUUAUGUUAGAUAUUGAUCUGAUGUAUGGCUUUGGUUCAGGAGUAGCAGGGGGAGGUAAUUUCUAUGGAAAAACAGGUACCAAGUGACAGGGUCGAGGUUAGGGCUAAAAGGGGUGGUGGUGGCACUAUAUGGAGAUUCUGGACAGCAGUACUUAAAGCUGGCUUCUAAAACCUGGGGCAACUUCCUGGCCCACCCAAUUUGUGCCAGUGGCCAUUUUGACCCGCGCUGCAGUCAGGACUCAGGAAAGCUCCAGAUCACUAAAGUCGCAUCUGUCCUUGCUUCUCCACUGCUGAGUUUUCUGUGCUGUAAUCAAUGGGCAACUGGCCAGAAUUUAUCCCCACCCUCAGCUAUUAAUUCAGACUCAAAUCAAGCCAGGAAAAGGUGCCCUGGAGUCAAACAGGAUUAGCAUGGUCGAGACAUGCCAGUUUCCGUAGCCAGUGUCACACAAGGGAGUGGUGCAGCUAUCAUCGUGUCCAGGCUUGCUUUGACACCCCAGCCUGUGGUACCACAGUGUUGCCAACUCUCAUGUUUUUUGGCAUUGUUCUUAAAGUCUCCUCUUUGGGAAUGUGAAAAACUUAGCUCUUUCUUUUUUCACAUUCCCAAAGUGUAGACUUUAGGAACAACCUAAAAAAUCAUGAGAGCUGGUAAUACUGGUGGGUACCACUUACAUUUGAGUUCACUGGGGUGGACUUCAGAAUGACAGCUCAAACCCCUGCAGCCAUAGCAAGAUGUCUCAAGUGGUCCGUCACCAUUCCCUAGCAAUUCAAACUCAAUAUGUACCCUCUACUUCUAGAAACAGCAAAGGGAACAUCCAAAUACAAGUAUAGUAAGUCUCAGCAGAGUUAUCCUAUUACCUGGUUAUUUGUAUGGUGUCUGGUAUAAGAACAACACUCCUUGUAGAAGUGGGCAUUACCAUCUCUUGAUAAACACCGAGUUUACUAUAACGAUGUAAUGCUUUUAUUUUUUUGACCUUCGUACCAAGAAGCAAGGGUAGAAUCAGCUAUAAGUUUCUGUCUCUGUUAUUACCCAGAGUUGUUAUAAAAAGAAGAGAAAAGAGGGAGGGGACAGAUAGACAGUCAUGUCUUCUGAAGCAACCCAGGAUAAGGUUCAGACAUCUGCGCUACAGCAAAAUGAACAGGGUAUGUUGCAGUGCCCUAUCUCAAAUGCUCAUGGAAAUAGAGAUGAAAUUGCAAGGAUCAGUCAAGAGUGUAAAAGAGAGAGUUUUUGGUACAGAGCUCUUCCUUUGUCUUUAGGAAGCAUGCUUGUCACUGAGAGGCUGAUUUCUAAAGGUGUUUUCACUUCAAGCCCAAGAUUUGGAUCAUUACCUAAGAUUGCAUUUGCUGGUGUCUUAGGUUUUGCCAUUGGAACAAUGUCAUAUAUAGGCGUGUGCCAGAAAAAGUUUCAAAGCAUAAGUGCUGCACCACUUGGUCCAGAAGAUAAAAGCCAUGGUAAUCAUACCUGCAAGGAGUGUGAAACAAACUCCUGAUCUAAUGAAAGGGAACACGAAAGGCCCACACCUUCUUAAUCCCAGACGUAACGAAGAUGACAAAAUACUGCAGAACCAGUUGUUUUCUGAAACAGCUUAUUUUGGACAGAUGAAAUGAAGCCUCCCAUCACCUGUUAAGCAGUUCACCUUGAGGCUUGAUUUAAUAAAUUCUUGCUUAUAA